UGUUGCAAUAGCGAAGCGACGGCGGCUGCUGCUGCUGCUGCUGACAGCGCAGCGCUUGUAGGUCGUUCGCUGAGAACCGGAGGGUGCUGCGUGCCAAUUCCCGCCCCUCCCCCAAGCCCUGCAGGUACAGCUCAUGAUCUGACUCUGAUUUGGGACUCACUCGCCUUUUGAGAGAUGAUCUUGGCUGAAUUAUUUAAAGACACCUAAAAGCAGGGUUUCCCAGUGCUGAAGAACAGCCUGAGAAUGGAACCUCGUAUGCCUCACAAUAUUACUGUGGUCCCCAAUUCCACCAUGGUACAGCCACUCCUGGACAGUCGUAUCCCCUACGGCAGACUACAGCAUCCUCUGACCAUCCUCCCUAUUGACCAAAUGAAGACCACACACAUUGAGAAUGACUACAUUGACAACCCCACCCUGGUCCAGCUGGCUGCUCAGAAGUAUCCCAGGGGCCACCAUGAACCUACUCACCUGCCCAGAUGUGAGCAAGACAUCACCCACCCAUGGAUUUCUUUCAGUGGGCGACCCAGUUCCAUCAGCAGCAGCAGCAGCACGUCUUCAGAUCAAAGGCUUUUGGAUCACAUGGUGCCAGCGCCAGUGGCUGACUCCUCCUCCCCGAGAGCUGUCCGGAUUCAGCCCAAAGUGAUUAACUGCAAGCCUCUAGAUCUCAAGGGUCCCACAUCUCUGGAGGCGGACAAGCACUUUUUGUUGUGUGAAGCCUGUGGAAAAUGCAAGUGCAAGGAGUGCGCCCUGCCGAGGACUUUGCCCUCCUGCUGGGUAUGCAACCAAGAGUGCCUCUGCUCCGCUCAGAACCUGGUCAAUUACGCGACCUGCAUGUGUCUGGUGAAGGGCAUCUUCUACCACUGCACCAAUGAGGAUGACGAAGGUUCCUGUGCAGACCACCCAUGCUCCUGCUCUCAUUCAAACUGCUGUGCCCGUUGGUCUUUCAUGAGCGCGCUCUCUCUGUUUCUGCCGUGCUUGCUAUGCUACCUGCCUGCAACCGGCUGCGUGAAACUGUCGCAGCGAUGCUAUGACCAAGUCAGUCGGCCGGGAUGCCGGUGUAAAAACACGAACAGUGUGAUCUGUAAAACGUCCCCUGAAGGGAAAGUUGGCAGCAGACCAGAGAAGCCGUUUUGAUUUCUGGGGAGAGGGGUGGGGGUGGGAAGUGUAGAAAAACUGCAGGAAGGAGUUUCAUAACCUGUGUUGCUCAUAGAUAAUGUGUGUCAGCCUUUUCAUUUCAAUAAAGAAAGAAAGGGGGAAAGAUACCUUUUUCCUGGACCUGAAGCACUUUGAAUUAUUGAGGGCUGUGUAAGUGCAGUGCGGAAGGAGGCUUCUUAAUUAUUUGCAGAGCAAAGGCAGAAAGUGACCACACAGAACAGCUUGGCUUCUUCCUCUUUUCUGAUCCUGAGUGUUGGCUGUUUGCUAAGCUGACAGUCUACAAGAAUAAUUAACAGAUAGGUUUGGCAGGUACAUCCGGAACUGCAACAGGAUUCUUAUUUCCCAAAGGCUGUCCAGUUCAGGACAGGAACCGUCUCCCCAUAUAUUCAUUACAGGAACACUGUAAUCAGUAAAAGGUUAAUUUUCUCAACACUUUAAGAGGAGUAGUUGUCUGAUACCUCCUUGUUUCUCCCACCUCCCUUUUUGUCAGAUACAAAAAUGGCUGUCUGAACAUGUCUAGCUGCAUUUUUGAUUUAACGGUCCAUUUCAGGUCUGUCUUGAACAGAAUUCGGUAUGAUGGAGAUUUAGGCAGAGGAUUGCUAUAAAUCGAGCCACAGUUAUAGGCAUAGCGAGUUGAAAGCUGGCAACCCUACCAGCCUUUUCAUUUAAACCCAUCUUAUUCAUUGUUCCUAAAUCAUAGCCUGUACCAGAGCUGUGCUGACCAAUUGGCAUCAAGACAUAAAGACAUAACUUUGAAAGCAUGAGACACCAAGGAGCGGACAUUGUUCCCAACACCUACACUUUCAGCUUAAUAUCUUCCUAGAACCUUACAUGUGUUUGACUGUGUGCGUGGAGCUCUCUGUGUAGUCCUGGAUCACAUAGAAAGUUCUAUACAUACAUGUAUAGGCUCUGUGCAGGCAUUAAGCUGAAUGUGUGGACAUUUGCACAAUGCAUUUCCAGCUCCCACCAUUGAAAUAAUAUCUAAACAUGACUAAAAGUUCUCCAUCCAAUAUUACUUUAUUAAAUAUAAUGGCUGGAGAAAUUAAUGUAAUUUUGCCAUUGCCACAAGCCUGCAACCACUUAGUUGCAGCGAGCUAGAGACUGCAGGGCAACACUUUGAUUCCCCAGAAUGCUGCGGUUUCUCUUCAUUCAUAUAUAAAUACUAAGGAUCUGGCAAGACUUGCAAUCAGUUCCUAUUAGUUCAGUUUUAAUUCCCAACAACAGGAGUGACUGAGCUUCGUGGCCCCUUCAGCACCUAAUGAAUUCUGAGUAGACACUUUGCUCCAAUGAACUCUGUUACUUGUUCAAACAGCAGGUUGUCCCACACAAAAAAGAAUUUGCUGAAGUCAAAGCUGAUGUCAAGGUACUACCCUCAGUCAUAUUGUCUCACUAAAUUGAAGCAGUUCCCGGCUUAAUCACCUUGCAAAAUGAAGCUGAGCCAAGAAAUUGUCUUCUCCGUCCUUCACCAUAAGUUUUCUUCUUGAAUCAGUAUCAGUGCAACUGAAGCUUUCAUUAAAGAAAUAUAAUCAGCACAAUGUCAUUCCGCCAGAAUAUUUAAAUUUUCCCUUUUUGCUGCUACUGCUAAACUUUUGUCUCCUCUGCAGAAUGCAUUAGUAAGGAAUGGUUUCCACAGUUAACAGUUUUAAAUAUCCAUUGGGUAGCAGGUUUGAAUAGGUGCAGUUUUUUCCUAGCUCCAUGGGGGGAAGUCUAGGCCUUUCAACACUGUAUCUGCCAGGAGAGAAAGGCAUUAACCUUUAUACGACAAUCAAUACUGCAUUUACUUCAAGUGGAUUAACUUCUUUCUGUUGACAACCCGCAAAGAUAUUUGCUAAUAUAACAAGUCAGAUGUGGAGUUUCAAAAACUCUGCUGGUUUAUUUUGAAUUUGGGUUUACAGCACAGCCUGAUUGGCAGCUUCCUUGCUUUAAUUAAGCAAGCAGUUGGUAAACUCAUUUUGUGGGCUUCAGAAAUUACAUUUGCUUGUUUGCAAUUAAAAAGCUAACACUUUACCAACAGGAAAGAGUUGUCUUUUUUUUAAUUGGGUAGGGCGAUAUUUGUUUGUCUUUACUAGUAGUGGCUGACUUUGUUUUUUGUUUUUUUUAAUGUAUAUAUUUAUUGAUUGGGAAAUAUUUUUAAUCUUCUUUUUUAUAUUUAUAAUACUGCUUGGUUAUGUAAAUAGUAUUUCAUAGAAAAAGGGAUACUUCGUCUGUGUUGCCAGAUUGAUUUGUAUAGAUUAGCCCCGCCAUGAUCACAAUGGCUAUGAUCCACCGGGAACCCUUUCUGCCCAUUGGAAUGAAUGGGAGAGUGAUAAACAUGCUCUGGUGCCACUCCCAUUCACUUCAAUGGAGAGUGCUUUACAGGUUCCUGGUGGGUUAUACACAAUAUGUUUUAUAUAUAUUCUUGCACAAACUUGAGGGAACCAUGCAAUGAGUAAGUGGAAAGGAAGAAGGAGACUCUUAGCCAAAAUACUGUUGAAUGUAUAAAUAAUUAUAAUCUUCAAGGGAUGAUAAACAAGGUUCUGAGAAUUCAGACAAGCUGGAAAUCUAAUGCUUGUCAAUGUAAGCACAAAUGGCAACCAGGUGCUUAGCUGUCAUCUUUGCUGCGUAUGAGCAUGGAAGAGCAUUGAUGAAAACUGCAGAUUGUAGGUGUUGGUUGUCCCCAGCAGAUCAACACACUGGUGGAUUGGCAUGUGCCAAUACACACCCAGAACAUUCCUAUAUUUCAUAUACAAAACCUUCUGGUAAAACUGGGCCUCUUUUUAUUGUACAUAGCUGUCAAUACUUAAAUUUCUGUAUGGAUUUUUAAAAGUUAUAUAUAUAUUAUAUAUACUAUCAGUGCCAAUCUGAUGCAAGUGGUAGAUCCUAUCAGUGCCAACCUGAUCAUGUGCUAGAAAGGCUUUGAGAAUUCAAACAGCUGCUUGCAAAUGUAGCAAAAUGAAGCAUAGUUUCCAGACCCACCUCUUGUGUAGCAAUCAGGCAGCAUGCUUCUCCGGCUCUUUGCCUGGGCCUAGCAACAAAGUUGUCAAGCUCCUUGUGGGGCAUUGAAAGGAUUCUGGGUUAGACCAGCCCAAGAAGAGCCUGGGCAGCAUGACACCAGUUUUUUUAGAUGGUCUUGGCUGCUGGUUUUUCAGAGGGCCUUUGUUUGCUAGCACACUGGUUUUUUUACCCUUUCCUCCCCCUCCCUCCCCCAGUCUGCCCUCUACUUUUAAGGUACAUGUGCUCUAUUCCAAAUUGCCUCUCUUGAUAUAAAAAAGUAUUAGUCUAACGUGGUCACAUAUUUUUGCACUGAGCCAAAGUAUAAUGAGGCUGGGUGCUGAGGCUCAAGAAAACCUAUUGGGAAGUAAGCUUUCUUCUCCUAUUGUCCCAAUGGGCCAAACUGGAUUGUGUUUUGAAUGGAAAUCAUUAGAAAGGAUCAAAAAGUAAUCCGGUUUGUUGAGGCACAGAAUAAACUGGUGAAAUUGCAAAAUGAGAGAUUAGGAAACAGGGUUCCCCCUUCCUCUCUGGCUGUUCAAUUUGUCCUGAAGACUGCCUUCACCCUUUUUACCUUCCACCACAUAAGCAGGAGAAAAACAGACUAAUUAAGGAAUACAGUUCUGUUCUAUCAACCUAGGAAAUACCACAAAUCCUCUACUUGUCUCCAAGAGGCUUACAGUAGUAUUAACCUCAGCAGUGCUACAGCAAGGAAAUGGAGGCAGGGUAUAACACGACACUCUACUGUUUCACUUGCCUGAAACUCUCCUUGCUUCAGCAAAAUGAAAUCCUUCUUUGGCCCUCCUUCCUGCACACUGUAAAUGUAUCUUGCAGCAAUGGGUAUGUUAGAUUUGUUUUUAUUCCAUUUUCAAAACAAUUGGUCAAGGUUCCCCUCUUCUUUUACAUUUUCCUUCAGCUGAAAAAAAAUUACCACAGAAGUUUUCCUUUGUAUAGAAUAUUUAUUUCGAAGCUCUAUUUUAAUAGUAUUUAUUUUAGAAGUCUACUAUUGUAAGAGUUCUUCUGUUUGUGAAGAAAAACAAGUUAAACUGAAUGUACUGAUCUAGAAAUUAUAUAUAAAAUAUAUAUUGUUAAAUAUA